AUGGCACCUACAAAGCAGGAGCUAUCGCUUCUCAUCAACCCGCUCGUCCCAGAGUCCGUCCAGCACAACAACCGCGUCCUCUCCUCCCUCCACAGUCUGACUUCCUUCCUCCUGGGCCUGUCCGCAGGCAUCCUAGCCCUCCAAUCAACCUACGGCUUCGCCUUCUACUUCCUCGGCACUAUCUUGGUCUCGGGUCUAUUCCAUGCAGUAGUGAUUCAUCGCUCGGGCGGUGCUGGUGCUGGCUCUUUCUUUCCUGGUAGUAAUGGUGGCGAGAUCGAGGGUGUCGUGGAGGUGGAUGAGAAGACACAGGCCGUGCGCAUGCAGCUUGAUGGAAAGGCUGGGCCGAAGAAGAUUCUCCGGAAGGGCGCUUGGAGAGAUCUCUGGUUCGGUGGUGGUGUUAUGAGCGAGGCGCUGAGUGGAUUCGUGCUCGGGUGGGCUGGUGUGGGUGGUGUUUUGAGGUGA